UCUUCCUACGUCGUGUCUUGGUCGAGGUUCUCUGCUAGUGUAGCUCCGUAAUUAAAAGGACAUCGACAGGGAUAAAACUCAAAAUAAACCAGAGAACAUAACCCAACUGUGGCCUUCUUUUGUUCAAAGCAAAGAGGAUUUCCCCGCUUCUUGUCCUUUGUUCGCCGUGUAGCUAGCUCGCUAACCACGACAACUGGGUUUUCAUCCUGUUUCCAUCCUGUGAUUUAAUAAUCACCGACACUGAACUCCGCUCCUAGAUUUUGGAGAAUCGACGACAGUGAGUAACACUGAAGUGCAGAGAGGAGCAGCGAUGCGGACGCAGCAGUGACGCGCAGGACUGCAGAAAGCUCCGCCCCCACAGCCGCGCCCAUGUUCUCUCCUGACCAGGAAAACAUCUCCUCAGCUUCCACCAAAGUGCCAGUGAAGUACGGCGAGCUCAUCGUGUUGGGGUACAAUGGCUCCCUGCCCAACGGCGACCGCGGGAGGCGAAAGAGCCGCUUCAGUCUGUGCAAGAGACCCAAGGCCAACGGGGUGAAACCCAGCACAGUGCACGUGGCCUGCACACCACAGGCUGCCAAGGCCAUUAGCAACAAGGACCAGCACAGUAUCUCCUACACACUGUCCCGGGCGCAGACAGUCGUGGUGGAGUACACCCACGACAGCAAUACGGACAUGUUCCAGAUUGGCCGGUCCACUGAGAGCCCGAUCGACUUCGUGGUGACGGACACGGUGCCGGGCAGCCAGAGCAAUGCCGACACACAGACGGUGCAGAGCACCAUCUCACGCUUCGCCUGCCGCAUCAUGUGCCAGCGGAGCCCGCCCCACACCGCCCGCAUCUACGCCGCCGGCUUCGACUCCUCCAAAAACAUCUUCCUGGGGGAGAAGGCGGCGAAGUGGAAGACGUCGGACGGACAGAUGGAUGGGCUGACGACCAACGGUGUGCUGGUGAUGCACCCGCGGCACGGCUUCACCGAGGACUCCAAACCCGGCGUGUGGCGGGAGAUCUCCGUCUGUGGCAACGUCUUCACCCUGCGGGAGACCCGAUCUGCCCAGCAGAGGGGCAAGAUGGUGGAGAAUGAGACGCAUGAGCUGGUGGACGGCUCGCUCAUCGACCUGUGCGGGGCGACGUUGCUGUGGCGCACGGCGGAGGGGCUCUCCCGCACCCCCACCGUCAAACACCUGGAGGCGCUGCGGCAGGAGCUGAACGCGGCCCGGCCGCAGUGCCCCGUGGGCCUCAACACGCUGGCCUUCCCCAGCCUGCGGCGCAAGGAGGUGCUGGACGAGAAGCAGCCCUGGGCGUACCUGCAGUGCGGCCACGUGCACGGCUUCCACCGCUGGGGCAGCAGCGAGGAGCGGCAGGGGGCGCAGCGCGAGUGCCCCAUGUGCCGGGCGCGGGGGCCCUACGUGCCCCUCUGGCUGGGCUGCGAGGCCGGCUUCUACCUGGACGCGGCCCCGCCCACCCACGCCUUCAGCCCCUGCGGCCACGUGUGCUCGGAGAAGACGGCGGCCUUCUGGAGCCAGAUCCCGCUGCCGCACGGCACGCACACCUUCCACGCCGCCUGCCCCUUCUGCGCCCAGCAGCUGAGCGGCCAGCAGGGCUGCGUCAGACUCAUAUUCCAGGGCCCGCUGGACUGAACCGGCCUCUGACCCGACCCCUGAACUCGGCCGAUGGUGAAAGAGAUAAGCUAGUUUCUUAUCUUAUGCUUUCGUUUUCUUCCCCAUUCUGAGAUUUUUGAACUUUUUUAAGUGACCUUUUUAGUGCUUUUUUUUUAUUUGCAAAGAGAGUAAAAGCAAAGAUACCUAUAUUUUCAUGUGAAAUGGAUUAAAAAAAAAAAAACAACAAACAAAAACGGCCACACACCCACAUGCAGACAUUACACGGGUGAGCUUUUUUUGGUAAAGAAAUUUUAAACAGUAUUUUAUUAACUUACCGCAGUGAUUUCACACUUCCUUAUUGAUGCAAUAUACAUCAGUGUGCAUCGUUCAGAUUCGCUUCCUGUGUGUGUGUUUGUGUUUCUUUUCCUUCAGAAAAACACUGCAUCACCUGAACAGACUGUUUAUCCCGAAUAAUGACUCCACUCCGAAUAAUGCAGACUACGGUAGCUUAUAGGAAGUCAUUUAUAUUUUUACUUAAUGAAUAAAGAUAUGCUUAAUUUAAAUACUAGUUAACAUUUUUAUUUAAACACAGUAUAAAUGUUAAUCUGUAUGAAAGGAGUAAAGUGAUAGGUGCACUUUGGGAUGUAGUUCAUGUAGCCACUUUGUUUUUGCAGAUAUGGGUUCCAGCCUCCAGUACCAGAUGGUACCUGCAGCACAUUAGUGCCGUGCUGUACGCUGGCUCUUCAGCGUAAGACUAAAAUGAUCUCAGUGUUCCUGAAGUUAUUACAGCAUUAUCCCACAGAGCAGGAGGGUGUUGGCUCAGAGAGAGGGAUUUCACCCCGACUUUCAGCACUCCUGAAAUACAAAGCCAUUCUCUGGAAAGCAGUCUCUGAUGUCCCUCUGUCAGCACACACAUUCACCCGGUUUCUCAGCUUCUGUGAGGCCCUUUGUAAGAUCUGACUCAGGCCAGUUUCUUUCCCUCUCUCACUGUUCAAAAGCUUAUACUGCCAUACUCUGCAGUGGAGCUCUCUGACUGUCUCUGCCUCUCUCGCUGUCUCUCUGUCUCACGCACGCACG